AUGGCGGUCACGCAGGCGUUUGCCGACGCGCUGCGUUCGUGCGGUGCACGCGGCGCGCUCAGCGGCGCCCGCGCGCUGCACGGCCGCCUCGUUGCCGUGGGCCUCGCGUCCGCCGUCUUCCUACAGAACACGCUCCUCCACGCCUACCUCUCCUGCGGAGCCCUCCCCGACGCCCGCCGCCUGCUUCUGACGGACAUCGCCCACCCCAACGUCAUCACCCACAACGUCAUGCUGAAUGGGUACGCCAAGCUCGGACGACUGAGCGAUGCCGUGGAGCUGUUCGGUAGAAUGCCCGCGAGAGACGUGGCCUCGUGGAACACGCUCAUGUCCGGAUACUUUCAGAGCCGACAGUACUUGGCUUCUUUGGAAAGCUUUGUGUCCAUGCACCGAAGUGGUGAUUCGUCGCCAAAUGCAUUCACAUUCGCUUAUGCCAUGAAGUCUUGUGGUGCCCUUGGACAGCACAGUUUGGCGCUGCAACUGCUUGGGAUGGUUCAGAAGUUCGGUUCCCAGGAUGAUAGUGAUGUAGCAGCUGCCCUUGUCGACAUGUUUGUGAGAUGUGGAACUGUGGAUUUAGCUUCAAGGUUGUUUGUUCGCAUUAAAGAACCCACUAUAUUCUGUCGGAACAGUAUGCUAGUGGGAUAUGUCAAGACAUAUGGUGUUGACCAUGCCCUUGAGCUUUUUGAUAGCAUGCCUGAACGUGAUGUUGUUUCAUGGAACAUGAUGGUAUCAGCAUUGUCUCAGAGUGGCCGAGUCAGAGAAGCCCUUGAUAUGGUUGUGGACAUGCAAAGCAAAGGGGUCCGCCUUGAUUCAACAACAUACACUAGUUCUCUUACUGUGUGUGCCAGAUUAUCUUCUUUAGGAUGGGGUAAGCAACUUCAUGCUCAGGUGAUUCGGAACCUACCCCACAUUGAUCCAUAUGUCGCUAGUGCUCUUGUUGAACUGUAUGCAAAAUGUGGCUGUUUCAAGGAAGCUAAGCAGGUGUUCAACUCUUUACAUGAUCGUAACAACGUGGCUUGGACAGUUCUCAUCUCGGGAUUCUUGCAGUAUGGGUGUUUCACUGAAUCUGUUGAAUUGUUCAACCAGAUGAGAGCUGAGUUGAUGACACUUGAUCAGUUCGCAUUGGCAACUCUUAUAAGUGGCUGCUGCAGCAGGAUGGAUUUGUACCUUGGGAGGCAACUACAUUCACUUUGUCUGAAAAGUGGGCAGAUUCAAGCUGUCGUUGUCUCCAAUUCUCUCAUCUCCAUGUAUGCAAAGUGCGACAAUCUCCAGAGUGCUGAAUCUAUAUUCAGACUUAUGAAUGAAAAGGACAUUGUAUCAUGGACAAGCAUGAUCACUGCACAUUCUCAAGUAGGGAACAUCACAAAAGCUCGAGAGUUCUUUGAUGGCAUGUCAACAAAGAAUGUAAUUACAUGGAAUGCUAUGUUGGGAGCAUAUAUACAGCAUGGAGCUGAGGAAGAUGGCCUCAGGAUGUAUAAGGUUAUGCUAAGUGAGAAGGAUGUUAGACCUGACUGGGUUACCUAUGUCACAUUGUUCAAAGGCUGUGCAGAUUUAGGUGCAAACAAACUUGGAGAUCAAAUUAUUGGUCGUACUGUAAAGGCUGGUCUCAUUUUAGACACCUCUGUUGCGAAUGCAGUUAUAACAAUGUAUUCCAAGUGCGGAAGGAUUUUAGAAGCUCAAAAAGUAUUUGACUUCCUGAACAUGAAGGAUAUUGUAUCUUGGAAUGCCAUGAUCACUGGUUAUUCACAGCAUGGCAUGGGAAAGCAAGCCAUAGAGAUCUUUGAUGACAUACUGAAAAGAGGCGCAAAGCCAGACUACAUAAGCUAUGUUGCAGUUCUGUCAGGCUGUAGCCACUCCGGACUCGUGCAGGAGGGGAAAUCUUAUUUUGAUAUGAUGAAGAGAGUCCAUAACAUAUCUCCAGGUUUGGAGCAUUUCUCAUGCAUGGUAGACCUUCUUGGCCGUGCCGGGCACCUGACGGAAGCCAAAGAUCUCAUUGAUGAGAUGCCCAUGAAACCAACCGCUGAGGUUUGGGGAGCUCUUCUUAGUGCCUGCAAGAUACAUGGCAACAAUGAGCUCGCUGAACUUGCAGCGAAACAUGUGUUUGAGCUGGACUCACCCGAUUCUGGGAGCUACAUGCUUAUGGCGAAGAUCUAUGCCGAUGCUGGGAAAUCUGAUGAUUCUGCACAGAUAAGGAAGCUGAUGAGGGACAAGGGGAUAAAAAAGAACCCGGGAUAUAGCUGGAUGGAGGUUAACAACAAGGUCCACGUAUUUAAAGCGGAUGACGUGAGCCAUCCCCAGGUGAUCGCGAUUCGGAAUAAGCUGGAUGAGCUCAUGGAGAAGAUCGCGCGCCUCGGUUAUGUGAGGACUGACUCCCCGCGCUCCGAGAUUCACCACAGUGAGAAGCUAGCUGUAGCCUUCGGGCUCAUGAGCUUGCCCGCCUGGAUGCCGAUCCACAUCAUGAAGAAUCUGCGCAUUUGCGGCGACUGCCACACUGUGAUCAAGCUGAUAUCCUCAGUGACUGGUCGGGAGUUCGUGAUUCGAGAUGCCGUGCGAUUCCACCACUUCAAUGGUGGUUCCUGCUCUUGCGGGGAUUACUGGUGA